UUAUUUUUAAGUGACAACAAAUAUGGCGGCCAACACAAGUCGAUCACGCCUUCAGUUUUUACUUCAUCUUGCACAAGAUAAUUUAGAUUUUAGGUUACCGGAGAUUAAAAGCCUGCUCGCUCUCCGGGGAAAAUCAUUCACUCCAAGUUUAAACUUCAAAGAAAAGGCUCCUUUUUGGUGUUUAGAGGGUUUGUCUGAAGAAGAUAUCAAACAUGUCAUGGCUAGAUCUGUUUGUGCAAAAUCUGCCUUUGAACUCUGGGGUCAUGGGAAAACACACAGUGAUCUCAAAACAUCACUCUUAAGCUAUCCAGCAGAGAACAUGACUCCAUUCAUGCAGCAAGACUCCACCUACAGGAUCAAUGUGUACACCUUUAAUAAGACUCUGGAGUUUGCUGAAAGAAUAAAAAGGAUUGAUGACAUGGAGUAUCUCCCCUUUGAGGGAAGGGUCAGCCUUAAAAGUCCACAGCACAUUUUCUGCCUGCUUGAAGAUUACGGAACAGAUCCCAACAACAUUCCUGAGCUUCCAGACUAUGUGUACUUUGGCCGCUGGAUUGCAGAUGGACAACGAGAGCUGAUUAGAUCCCACAGUGUAAAGAACAGGCACUUCAUAGGGAACACUAGCAUGGAUGCUGGCCUCUCUUUUAUCAUGGCUAAUCAUGCAAAAGUAAAACAAAAUGAUGUAGUAUUUGACCCAUUUGUUGGAACAGGGAGCCUUUUGGUUGCUUGUUCACAGUUCGGAGCCUAUGUAUGUGGAACAGACAUUGAUUACAAUAUUAUUCAUGGAAGGGGACGGUCAAGUCGGAAAAAACAAAAGUGGAGAGGGCCAGAUGAGAACAUCAGAGCUAAUCUGCGGCAGUAUGGUACAGAGAUGCUGUAUUUAGACGUGAUGGUGUCUGAUGCAUCUAAGCCUGUGUGGAGAAAGGCCCCUCUAUUUGAUGCCAUCAUUACUGAUCCCCCAUAUGGCAUCCGUGAAUCAACUAGAAGAACCGGCUCACACAAAGAUAUUAUUAAGCCUUGUGAUGGCGUUUAUGCAGAGUCGCAUGUCCCUGUGUCUCAGGCGUAUCAUCUCAGUGACAUUUUUCAAGACCUGUUGAGCUUCUCUGCACAUCACCUUGUCCUGGGAGGAAGACUCGUUUACUGGCUGCCUGUAUAUAGACCAGACUAUUCUGAGGAGAUUGUGCCUCUUCAUCCAUGUCUCCAGCUCCUCAGUAACUGUGAGCAGGUUCUGUCUAGUCACACUUCUCGUCGUCUGAUCACUAUGGAGAAGGUCAAAGAGCCAGAGGGGACGGACAACCAGGCUCACCUGCUCGACCCGCGUUUCAGUCCUUAUGAGGGACACAACGCCUUCAGGGAGAAGUAUUUCAGUGGACUAAACAAAAGAGGCGUCAAAGAGGACAAUGGACAAUGAGGAACAACUAUGGACCAAGGUCUUACUAAAGGACAGAAAAAUAAUUCAACAUUAUUGUUGGACUGUAAAAAUGUAACUUACAACUUUUAGUGUUGUUUUAGUUAGUUUUUUGUACUGCAAAUAAACUUAAGUACAUUUUUCAUUUCAAUAAGAGUGAUUACCAUUCCUUUCUCCCCAUGGAUGUCUGUACUUCAGUUCCCAUUCCCAUUUAUAAAAGAACUGUAAAAUGAUAGGCUGGUUGUAUAUAGGCCUAUUAUUUUGUUGAUGCUCCAAUCAAUUUAUCUCUGGAUUUGAAUUUAAAGAUGCAUUAUCAAUUUUUCCUGAGGAGGGUCUACCAUUUGCUUAGCUCAUGCGGAUUUGCUUUACAAAUAAUGUUCCACCAUAUGGCAUUCAACUUUAAUUCAACUUUAAUUUUUUGUGUUUGUAUACUUUUAUAAAUAAGCAGUCAAUCUGUCUCCAGAGUUGCCUUUUUACCAAUCUGACCUGUAAUUUAGCUUACUGGUGUCACCUGAUUGUCUCCCUUCGCUUGAAAAAUUACAUAAUGAUGCACCUUUAAAUGUAAUGCACUGAAACCUUAAAGGGCCCAUAUUACUCCAUUUUCUGAUCUAUGUUACUUAUCAUGUUGUUUCUUCAUCAAAAACACGCCUGGAGUUGUGGUUUGUGUUUGUGUUUACAUUCACACAUGUUUAACACACAAAUCCUGCAUAUUUAGUUCUUCUCUUAAACUGAAAACACACUGCUCCACGGUACAUAAUACAGGAAGUGCUCAAUGUGUUUUUAAACUCCACCCUCACUAGAAACAAUUUGAAUAAUUUCAGCCCUUGAAUAGCCAAUCUCAAAGUAAAAGGUAGUUGUUACCUUGAAAACGUCCAUUUCAUGAAAUUACAAGAUGGAACAUAGGACGAAGAUGGAGACAGGCCAAUAAUGCAGGAUUACUUAUGUGUGAAUGAAACAAAAGAGAAUUCCAGGUAUGUUUUUGAUGAGGUAGCUGCAUUAUCUCAUGGCUUAAAGCUCACAAAAGUAAUUUUUUUGUAAUAUAGGACCUAAAGUAAGUUAAUGUAUAUGUCCUCUGGUGUAGACUUGAACCCAUAUGAUAGGGCGUCCCCACCUCACAGCGCACCAUUGCAGUUACUCAGCAGCUUUUGUUGUCUUCAACCACAGUUUACAUGCAGCAGGCUCAUUAUUCAUCUGCACUAGGCUUUUAUACUGUAUGUCUAUGGCUAUACUCGUUUGCAGUGUUUAUCACUUGGGCCUCUGCCUUUCCAUCACACUUCCCUGGUUUGCCCUCCUUCUCAGGCACAAGGCUUCCAGGCUCCAUCACUUGAUACCCAACUGGCCAACGUUUGUGGCCUACAUUGUUUAUAGUUCCCACAGAGCCUUUGGUUGCCUCUCAUCAUCAGAAAAUCAAAUAACUCCACACGGCAUUUCAACUUGACUUAUUGCCUCGGUCCGCUUAACCAUUUCUUCUUGUCACAUGUAAAUCACAAGUGUUUACCACAACACAAGGCCAAUAGGUUUGAGGGCAGCACAUUUAAUUUCUAAUUCAGUAGAUGGAUGUCUUUAUGUAAGCGUGCGUGUGCUGCUAUAAGGAUAAAAUAUGUUUUCAAGAGUCUCCGAUAAUGUGAGUGUAAUUAGCAGAGGAGAGCGGGGGGUUCCUCUCCACACCACAAAAUGCUGUCCAGACUUUGAGGAAGUAGUGUGUGUAAAAUCUGUUUUUGCUUGUUUUGAUGCAACCAAGCAAAGCUCUAGUGUAUUUCAGGGACAGUAAAAAUAUCUUGCUGUACUGUGGCUUUUGUUUUACAAGCCCUUUUUGCUUACGAUUUUACAAAGUUGUUUUAUCUGUAUUUAACUUUUGUAUCCAAAUUGAUGUUAUUGGUUUUACUAUGCCACUGCAAAUAAGACCACAUUUUCUCUAA